UUUAAUUAUGUGUCGGGAAUCCGAAUAAUGCAGGUUGACGUAGUGAAGCUCUCCUUCGACUCGCCUCCCUCACAUAAAAAAGCGCGAGUUUGAGGCGGGGAUCAGAUCCGUUCAGAGAGCAGAGUGCAUCUCACACCUGUAGACGAGAGAAACUUUCAUCCCUGCUGUCUCUAACCCCGGCUGGACGCGAGUUUAUACUGAUUCCUGCACAAACCGAGCUCAUAUUAUAGCUUCUCAUACAUUUUCCCGCGCUCAGAUCGAGUUCAAACCGUGAAGCGCAACUUUGGGCAGCGAGGCUGAAGCGAUGGAGCCGUCCGUCCUCCCCGGCGCCGACAUCUCCGACCUCUACUCCAUUAACCCGUUUAAUGUCACUUUCCCCGACGAGGUGAUGGGCUUCGUUCCCGACGGGAGGAACUACACCGAGCCUAACCCGGUAAAGAGCCCGGCGGGAAUCAUCAUCGCCAUUUCCAUCACUGCUCUGUACUCCGUUAUCUGCGUGGUGGGACUCUUGGGAAACAUCCUCGUGAUGUAUGGAGUGGUCAGAUACACAAAGCUGAAAACUGCCACCAACAUCUACAUCUUCAAUUUGGCACUAGCAGAUGCUCUGGCCACUAGUACACUUCCAUUCCAGAGCGCCAAGUAUCUAAUGAACACCUGGCCUUUUGGUGAGCUUCUAUGUAAAAUCAUCAUAGCUAUUGACUACUAUAACAUGUUUACCAGUAUCUUCACCCUAACUAUGAUGAGUGUGGACCGUUACAUUGCCGUGUGCCACCCUGUGAGAGCACUGGAGUUCCGUACCCCCAUCAAGGCCAAAAUCAUCAAUGUGUGCAUCUGGAUUCUCUCCUCUGCUGUUGGUGUGCCAAUCAUGAUAAUGGCAGUUACCAGAGUGACAAACCAAGGUGCAACUGUCUGCAUGCUGAAGUUCCCUGAUCCAGACUGGUACUGGGAUACAGUGACAAAGAUCUGUGUGUUUAUCUUUGCAUUUGUGGUACCAGUGCUAGUCAUCACAAUCUGCUAUGGUCUAAUGAUCCUGCGUUUGAGAAGUGUCCGUCUUCUCUCAGGCUCUAAGCAGAAGGACAGAAACAUGCGUAGAAUCACUCGAAUGGUCUUGGUGGUUGUAGCUGCCUUCAUUAUCUGCUGGACACCUAUCCACAUCUUCAUCAUUGUGAAAACACUUGUAGACAUCAACCAGAAGAACCCCUUUGUGAUUGCCAGCUGGCACCUGUGUAUUGCACUCGGCUAUACCAACAGCAGCCUCAAUCCUGUCCUCUAUGCUUUCCUGGAUGAGAAUUUCAAGAGAUGCUUCCGAGACUUCUGCCCACCCUUCCGAACCAGGGCCGACCAGAAUAGCCUUAGCCAAGCAAGGAAUGCCACAAGGGAGCCAGUGUCCGUUUGUGCACCUUCAGAGACAGGAAAGAAGCCAGUAUGACUAGGCCUGGAGAGGAUCCCACGGGGGUCCCAGACCAGAAGAGUCCAGCAGGACCUGCAAUCUGAGGUCACUCAAAUCUCCACUACUGAAUUCUAGGAAAAGAAUGGUAAAGCCACUUCCUACAUUUUGAAAGCGUACUCAACACUGUCUCAAGUUUUGCAUAUUCAGAAGAUAACCAGAGAAACUGAGUCAAGCAGCUCCUCUCCUGCACCAUUUUUUUGCACUUUAUAUCUUUCAGAAGAAAUGCUAACACAGUGAUGAGCCUCUUCUGAGCCCAAUGUCCAAAACAGGGUAAAUGAUCAGACUUUCGAGGUCCAGUGGAUUUUCAGGGUCUGAAAUCUUACUGGUUUUGAGGACCAAAAAUCUAAAUGAAGGACCAUUAACAGAAAGUCUGCAAACAAUGGAUGAAAUCCGAAAAUGAAAUUUGAGACAGGCUAUGAUAGCAAACCGUGAAGAUGGGUUCCAUUUGGAGGGAACUGCCUCAAAAAUAAAAAUAAAAGUAUUUUCAGCAGUUUAUAUAUUUAAUUUCUUCUAUCUCUCAGAUAUUGGACUGGUAGAGGACGAGCUGUGGGGAAAUAGAAAAACUCAAACAAACAUGGGAAAUAAAUGUAAAAACUCUGCUCAAAAGCAGUAAACCCUAGUGAUGGAAACUCCAGGGGAAUGAUGGUAAAAUAUGUCCUGCUACAGAACAGACUGCUGUCUGGUUGGAGAAAAGUGAAGAAUGGUGGUAUGUUAUGACAUACAGACCAGAGAGUAUAUGGUUUAAACCAUAAUUUAGUGGAAGAAAAAAUAACAAUAUGGAAAAAUUCAUAUUGGUGGAUUAUUUGCCAUUAUUGCUGAAGACAUGAUCAUGAUACCAAACUCUGCAUCAACUGUGGCUUCCUCUCAAACUUACUCCAUUACUGUAGCCCCUGAACAAACUUAUUUUCUAAUGUUGCUGUUCUUUGUUCAGUUACAACGAAGGGGUAUACAAAACAGACUUCUGAAAUCCACCAUUUCAAGGACAUUCACAAUAAGGUUUGCUUAAAACAGAAAGCAAAUCCACCUGAAGAAACACAAUAAAUUACCAUUUAAGAGUUUUGGAAUAAUGAUCCAUUAAAGGGGUCAUAUGAUUUCGCUACAAAAAAACAGUAUUUUGUGUAUUUGUUGUAAUGAAAUGUAGUAUUA